GCGGAGCCGACCAAAAUCCCAAACAAGGAAAUGGUGGGGUAAUAAAACGAUCGGAUCAUUUAAUUAAUGCAUGUAAUAAUUAAUAUUUUAUUUUAUUGUAAAUUAAGAAAUAUUUAUGGGUUAAAAUGGACUACGACUUCAAAACGAAGCUCGCCGCCGAGAGGGAGAGAGUGGAAGAUCUGUUUGAAUAUGAAGGUUGUAAAGUGGGUCGCGGCACAUACGGGCAUGUUUAUAAAGCGAAGCGUAAAGACGGGAAGGAUGAGAAGGAGUAUGCACUGAAACAGAUAGAAGGCACUGGUAUUUCCAUGUCUGCCUGCAGGGAAAUUGCUUUGCUGAGGGAGUUAAAGCAUCCAAAUGUCAUCGCCCUGCAGAAAGUAUUUCUCUCACACAGUGACCGCAAAGUCUGGCUUCUCUUUGACUAUGCUGAGCAUGAUUUAUGGCACAUCAUAAAAUUUCAUCGAGCGUCAAAGGCCAACAAGAAACCAAUGCAGCUACCGAGGGGGAUGGUGAAGUCUUUGCUUUACCAAAUCUUAGACGGCAUCCAUUACCUGCAUGCCAACUGGGUCCUACACAGAGAUCUGAAACCCGCCAAUAUCCUGGUCAUGGGGGAGGGCCCAGAGCGAGGAAGAGUCAAAAUUGCUGAUAUGGGUUUUGCCCGACUAUUUAACUCUCCACUGAAGCCUUUGGCUGAUCUGGACCCAGUGGUCGUCACAUUCUGGUACCGAGCACCCGAACUACUGCUCGGUGCAAGACACUACACCAAAGCAAUCGAUAUUUGGGCAAUAGGCUGUAUCUUUGCGGAGCUGUUGACGUCAGAACCAAUCUUCCAUUGUCGACAAGAGGACAUAAAGACCAGCAAUCCUUUCCAUCACGACCAGUUAGAUCGCAUAUUCAGCGUCAUGGGCUUUCCAGCAGAUAAAGACUGGGAAGAUAUCCGGAAAAUGCCAGAAUAUCCUACUCUACAGAAAGAUUUCAGAAGAACCACAUAUGCCAACAGCAGUCUUAUCAAAUACAUGGAGAAACAUAAAGUCAAGCCAGACAGCAAAGUGUUUCUACUGCUCCAGAAAUUGCUGACUAUGGACCCAACCAAAAGAAUCACUUCUGAGCAGGCACUGCAGGACCCAUAUUUCCUGGAGGACCCCUUACCUACAUCUGAUGUAUUUGCAGGAUGUCAGAUUCCCUACCCCAAACGAGAGUUUCUAAGUGAGGAUGAACCAGAGGAGAAAACAGAGAAGAAUCAGACGCAGCAGCACCAGCAGACGGCUGCACAGACGCAGACACAAACACAGACACAGCAGGCUCCAACCCAGCAGAGCUCAGCGCAGACAAACGGCACAUCGGGCACUGCAGGGGCCAACACGGGCCCCUCCAUGCAGCAUGGACAGGAACAGGGGCCACCAAACAAAAAACCUCGCACCUCAGGAACCAGUGUUCUUCAAACAGACUACCAGCACUCCAGUUCGCGGCUUGGUUACCAGAGCAAUGUCCAAGGCUCCACUCAGUCGCAAAGCACUAUGGGAUACUCGUCCUCAUCUCAGCACUCUCAUCAGUCUCAUCGAUACUGAGACUUAAAAACAUAAGCACUUAAAAGAAAUAUUAACCACAAGCAUAAAAUGAGGCAAGUCAGUGUUGUCAUUCAAAUAAAUUGCUGGGUCUGUCCCAUAAUAUUGCCCCAAUAUAAACAUAAAACCCAAGUUUAUUCAUUUUGUAAAGCUGCCUGCCAUCCUACAAUCCUCAGCAGAUGCUACUCCAACCAAAGCACAACUUUCAAUCCCUUUCUUUCGAUCAGAGCUCCUCUAAAGAACCAGAGCCAUAACCGUCAAUCAAAUUUGGAUUUUUUCUCAAUAUCUCGACAGUGUUUCAAUAUAUUAAAUAUAAAAUAUAUUCACCAGGUCCAGCACCAACCGUACCCAAUGAUCUGCUGAAUUUUUAGCAUCUUUAAUGCUUACUCGUUGUUAUUUUACCACCGUUAGACCAAAACAGUCAGACAUAUGCUAUUUGGGUCAGAACUAAUGAUAGAAGUGACGUGAGGCUUGUUACAGUGGUUCAUUAAUAAAGCUGGUGUCCCACUGGCCGACUCCAAAAAAUGUGCAUUUCAUCAGGGGAAUCAUAGCUUCCAAAUCUCACCCUCUUCCAGUGUUCAAGUGACAAGUAAUCUUGUCUGUCCUCACUGCUGCAUGAUGUGAUGCACAGUCAUGAGAAAAAGGAUUGUGAACCAGUGAGAUCUGGCAGUAGCGCCGUAAAAAUAGAAACCUAGCGAUCAGUGCAAUGUCCAGUCGCGUUUGUGGCUGGUAAAGGAAUAAUUUCACCUUGUGAAUGAGUAUGAUGGUGUAUCUGUCCUUUCGGGACUGAUACGUUCAUGCGCCUGCAACUGAAUAUUGACUAGUGGGACACCAGACGAAUACAUAGUCAGUAACACGAUCCAAACUUCCGCAAUACAGAUUGCAGUUAUUGCGGUUAUUUUAUUUUUUUUUACCUUACCACCCGUGAAUGUUAGCUUAUCAUCUCAAGGCUUUCUGAGAUUUCCCCUGUAUGACAACCCUGAAACAAAUCAAACAGAGACAUCUACGGUAUAUAAGCAAUUGUACAUAGGAACCGAAAUCCCCUUUUAUCUUUCUCCUCUUCUUUCUCCCAGUAAAGGGAGCUGCCUGCAUGUACGGACAGUCAAGCAGAGACUGGAUUUAUGUAACAUAUGUGUGCAUAUUUUAAAGACUGAACAAAGAGCAUUUCUCAUAGCUAUCGUGCACCACUGCAUUAAUACACACAUUUUCUUUUGUUGUGUAAGAGAACUUUUUUUUUUUUUUUGUAAAAUAUACACUCACACAAUACACUUUUCAUCCCUUUUUUGAGUUAGUUACAAUAACAACCAAUAAAAAUAACAUCAGCUAUAAAAGAA